UAUAAAAAAUUAAUAAUUUAAGUCGGAUUAAGUCGGCAUAAAUUUUACAAAAAUAUGUCUGAAAUUGUGGAUACAGAACUGUUGGUGAAUUGCACUGUGUUGGCUGUCAAGCGGUUUGACUUGAGCUCCAUCAGUACGGCGAUAUCGAGUAAUUUAAAUCGCUCAGAAGUCAUUGGCGUACUAACAAAAAUAAUUGAGAACAGAGAAAACUUGAAUAACAUCAACGAUGCAAAGGAUUUUCUAACUGAAUGCCUAUUCCCAUCACCGACUCGGCCAUACGAAUUGCCAUGGGAACAGAAAACCAUUUGGGCGAUUAUAUUUGGGUUAAUGCUCUUCGUAGCCAUUGCCGGAAAUUGCAUUGUGUUAUGGAUUGUAACAGGUCACCGUAGUAUGCGCACCGUCACGAACUACUUCCUGCUAAACUUGAGCAUUGCUGAUCUCUUAAUGUCCGCACUCAAUUGCAUAUUCAAUUUCAUCUUCAUGUUGAACUCGGAUUGGCCUUUUGGGUCCAUUUAUUGCACCAUUAAUAAUUUUAUGGCAAAUGUUACGGUUUCUACUUCGGUUUUUACACUGGUGGCGAUAUCCUUUGAUAGAUACAUUGCAAUUGUGCAUCCCUUGAAGAGACGAACUUCACGACGCAAGGUGCGUUUCAUUUUAGUGCUCAUUUGGGUACUGAGUUGUGUUCUUGCUGCACCCUGUUUAAUGUACUCCAGUAUUUUGACAAAAAGAUACUACAAUGGAAAGUCUCGCACAGUUUGCUUUAUGAUGUGGCCAGAUGGACGAUACCCCACAUCCAUGGCUGAUUAUGUCUACAAUAUCAUCAUUCUCGUCCUCACCUAUGGCAUACCAAUGAUUGUAAUGUUAAUAUGUUAUUUCCUUAUGGGACGUGUAUUAUGGGGCAGUCGCUCUAUUGGUGAGAAUACCGAUCGCCAAAUUGAAUCGAUGAAAUCAAAACGAAAAGUCGUUCGUAUGUUUAUCGCUAUUGUAUCCAUAUUCGCCAUUUGCUGGUUACCGUAUCACAUGUUUUUCAUUUACUCAUAUCACAAUAAUCAAUUAACAACGACAAAGUACGUGCAACAUAUGUACUUAGGUUUCUAUUGGCUGGCCAUGUCAAAUGCAAUGGUCAAUCCAAUUAUAUACUACUGGAUGAAUAAGAGGUUUCGAAUGUAUUUUCAAAAGAUAAUUUGCUGUUAUUGCUUCGGUACCGCAGUGCUUAAAUCAAGCUCCCCUACGGCAUGCACAAACAAAAACAGUUCACAAAGAUUGGCAAAAGCUGAAAGCAAGAGCCUUUGGAAACGCAGCACGAUGGAAACGCAAAUUCAAAUACAGCCAACGUCGUCUAUACGCGACAAGCAGUCAACACAUACUUCUCUCAUGAAAAAGAUAUCGAAGGAGUGCAUCAUCGAAAAACCACAGCACGACAGUGGCUCACCAGUGUAUCUGUCGAUAAACGAGGGCAACGACAAACAACGCAUCAAAAUAAAAUACAUCUCCUGCGAUGAGGACAAUAACUCUCUAAGCAAAAUAUCCCAUCAGUUGAAAAACGAAAAGCUGUGAUGAUCCAAUAAAUUCGAUUAAUGGUACGAUUUUUAACUUGUAUACAUAAACAUAAGAUACACAAGAUAUUAAUAUUAGAUUACAA